CAUUGACAUCCGGUGGCGUCAUUAAGGCAACAUGGCGAACCCCGGAGGGAUGACUGUAGAUGGAGAAAUGAUGCGAUAUGCUGAAUAUUCUCCAAAAACAAACGCCAGGAGCGACACAGAUAUAGACAGACGGCUGGGAGGGACUCUGAUUGCAGUCGGUCUUGGUGUGGCAGCUGCAGGUUUUGCAGGUCGCUAUGCAUUCCAGCUGUGGAAGCCUCUGGGACAAGUCUUCUCUGAAACUGUCAGAAAGAUGCCCUCAUCUGCUUUCUCAUCAUAUUACAAAGGAGGUUUUGAGCAGACAAUGUCCAAACGAGAGGCCAGCCUCGUUCUUGGCAUCAGCCCAGCUAGCACUAAAGCCAAGGUACGUGAGGCUCAUCGGAGGAUCAUGGUCCUGAACCAUCCAGAUAAAGGUGGUUCACCGUAUCUGGCGGCUAAGAUCAACGAGGCCAAAGAUAUUUUGGACAAGGAGAUCCGGCGAUGACCUGCAAAUUUAGCAACUUCAAAACCUCCCUCACCUCAUGCAAGAUCUCACCUCUGUACUGCUGCUCCAUCAAGCAACCACCCUGGCUCCUGGAAGCAGAAAAAAUACAUUCAGGAUAGUUACUUCAUCACACCAUUUCCUAACUUAUCUACAUUCUAAAUGAACAAGAAAUAUCUUGUAUAGUUUUAUUACGAGUGUAAAAAUGGAAGCGCAUGUAGGUAUUAUGUAAUGAUGCAGUCUAUUUAAGGAACAAGAGUAUACAAUAACUAAAAAUAUUUACAUGUUUAAACAGUUAAUGUGAAACAUUUUUUUAAAUAAACUUGAA